UAAAGAUCAAAAAACACAAUCAAAUGUUAAUUCUACCAACCUGGCUUCUGAUUGCUUCAUCAAUUGCGAUUAUGAUGAUGAUCUUUAUAUAAUGGAAAUUUCGCCUACUGAAAAAGCAUGUUUAUCAAUGCUAUCGCAAGAUACAGAUGAGCUACCUUCUGAAGAUGAAGCUAUUGCGACCUUCAGCAAUAAAAAUGACUACUAA